AUGGCGCCAUCCAUCUUGAUACUGGCUCUCCUGGGCCUACCUCACGCCUCAGCCUGGAUCCCGACCGUCAAGUCGGUGUACGAGUUUGGCAACGUCGCCGACCCGGCGCUGAACCGGGACUCGUGCGGCUCCGUGCGCGUCGACGACCGCAUGCUGUGGACGUGCCGCGACACGCAGGGCUUUGGCGGCGACGGCAAGCCCUCGCUGCCGAUCUGGUCGAGCAGCGCGGCCUGGACCAACUUCAACAACCUGGCGCUGCCCGACACGCGCAUGUACGCGACCAGCAGUGACCGCCAGCCGUACUUUGCGCAGCUGGCCAGCGAGUGCCCGGCCAACUCGGCCGGCGGCUGCCCGGACGGCACGCGCUACGCCAUCUGGCCGGACCAGCCGCCGGCCAUCACGGCGCGCGACGGCAGCGUCUGGACGGGGUACACGUGGAUCGCGCGGCAGCACAUCCGGGGCGACUUUAGCAGCGUGGUGAAGGACCCGGAGGUGUCGCUGUACAGGUUCGUCUACGACGUGAAGAGCGCGGACCGCAACGCGGUGCCGCGGAUGACGCUCGUCCGCGAGGCGAUUUUCCCGCAGGGCAGCUUCCCGUUCGGCACGCACGGCAGCGCCGUCAAGGACGGGCUCGUGUUCCUCUGGGGCAAGGCGUCCAACGGCCGCAUCGCGAUGGCGCGCGUGCCGGUCGGCGCCGUCGAGGACCCGCGGCGGUACGAGUACUACGUGAGCGGACGGUGGACGGCGACGCGGCCGGGCCCGAACGAUGCCGGGGUGGAGGUAGCCAACUCGAGCGCGGGCGGGCAGGGCACGUACUUUUACUCGCCGUACUGGCGCAAGUGGGUGUGGAUCGGGCAGGCCGGGGUGAGCGUGGCGGCCGAGUUUUACAUGACGACGGCGGACAUUCCGGAGGGUCCGUGGGACAAGCCGCGGAGCUUCUACCGAGGAAAGGAUGGGAGCGCGCCGUUGGCGGCGUACACGCUGCAAGCGCAUCCCGGGAUGCACUUAGCGGGGUAUCAUGACGGGAAUGACGUUUUCAUUUCGUAUACCAAGAAUGAUGAUGUGUAUACGACGCCGCUUGUCCGCGUCUUCUUCAACUAG